GAAGUCAUUCAGUGAAACAACAUGGCCGCUAAACUCAUCCUCUUCGUCUGCGCCUCCGCCCUCGUGGCACAGGCUGCUCUGGGCGUUGGACGUUUCGGCGCUGGACUCGGUGGUUGUGGCUGCGGAGGUCGCGGCUAUGGCGAUUACGGCUACGCUGGUCUGGGUUACGACAUCGGCGCUGCUUCUGCUCUUGAAGCUUCUCGUGGAGGAUGUUUGCCCGUCGUCACUUCCUCGGCCGCUCCUACUGGCCUAGGAGUAUCAUCAGAGAACUCGUACGAGGGCACCGUCGGUGUCUGCGGUAACCUGCCUCUCCUCGGUACCGCCUACGUGGAGGGCGUCUUCCCCACUGUCGGUGAGGGUGGCAUCUACUACGGCUGUGGCGACGGCGCUGUGGGCAUCAUCGCCGAGGACCGCGCCGGGCUCGGCUACGGCGCUGGUUACGGGCUCGGCUAUGGAGGCUAUGCCGGACGCGGUUGCGGCUGCGGCUACGGUGGCAUCUAGUCAUGUGAUUUAAUGUAACUCCCGAACCCCCUACUGUCGAACUGAAAUAAAAUAUUGCAAAAAGUG